AUGUCAGGAGGUCCAGUUCCAGUCUACAAAAAAUACACAACCGGUUCCAAGGGAAUCUGGGAGCUGAUCAGAAAAACCUUGACUUUGGUGCCAAAUCGUUCGUCAGGUAACCCGUUGGUGAAAUAUUUCCGUGUUCCAGCUCCGGGCUCCCAGCCACUGGUGUACAAAGACACAAUGACCGUGCCAGCUGGUGAUAUCAAGGGCAACCAAUACUCCCACAGAGACCACAGAAGAAAUUACCCACAACUCUCGUCAUUCGACCAAACCAAGGUGAGUGCCCUGCUUAGCCUGGGCUCGGCUGCAAGCCCACGUAUCUCCAUAGGAACCAAGGGACAGCAGGAAUUGGAGGUUUACAAAGGAAGUGAAUUGGUAACUUUGUCGUCAACGCUGAGCAAAGUCGAUCCAAAGGUUGUCAAGGGCGAAUUGCUAGGUCCAAAUGGAGAGGCUGUCGUUGCCCCCAACCUGAACAAGCUGAAGUGGAGAAUCCUGGAGGAGAGCGAGAGUGGUAUGUAUUCUACGGACUACCCAGUGAGAACAUUUGCGCAUGUCAGAAACUAG